UGAAAGGAAAUUGGAUAAUUUAUUUUUAUUAUAAAGCCGAUAUAAUUAACCACACUCCCUAGUCACACUACUUCUUCAAGUCUUUAAACCUUUUGCUGCUCCCCCCACAAGCUCACCUGAAACUCUCUCUCUCUCCCUCUCUCAGCUUUCUCUUCUCUCACACUCUCUCUUCAUGUUCGGAGUUGUCACGGGAAGGCUCGAUGACCAACUCGGCACCACAACCACACCAACCACCAUCUACAUAGACCCUCCCUCCCAAGACCAGCCUAGUCACAACUCCGACCACCGCUCAAUAGAAACACUCGUCGUCGUCUUGGCUGUCAUUACCAUUUUAUCCGUCUUAGCCGGAGUCAUCGCUCGGCUCUGCGGCGGCCGCCAUUUAUCCGACGGCGGAGACCACGACAUAGAAGGUUGGGUCGAGAGAAAGUGUCGUAGCUGCAUCGAUGCGGGUGUUCCUACUCUCGCCGCCACCCCCCCAGCUCCACCUCCGCCUCCGCCGCCAGCAUCAACGGCGGAAGAGCAGAGUAAGCCAGCAGCCGAAGAGCAAACCAAGAAGUGAAGUUACAAAAUGGUUAAAAACCGCAUACUUGAAGAACAUCUUCUUCUUCUUUUUUGGUUAUGUACCUUAGUUUACGGACAUUGAUUUCGGAAUUUCCUCGGAUGUUUUUGAUUAUUAUUAUUUAUUUCUCUCAAAAGAAAAGAAAAAAAAAAGAAAAGCAA